CCGCGGGGAGCGCGCCCGCGGCCACGUGCGCGCCGACAGCGACGAGAUGCUGAUGGUGCUGACCUACUCCAUGGUGCCGGUCCGAGUGAUGGUGGAUUUGUGUAACAGCACAAAAGGAAUAUGCUUAACAGGCCCCCCAGGACCCCCAGGGCCUCCUGGGCUUGAUGGACUGCCUGGCUACAAUGGAUCAGAUGGAAUUCCAGGAACUCCAGGACAAAAGGGAGAACCAGGAAUAAAUGGAAAAAGAGGAAAAAUAGGUUUGCCAGGACCAAAAGGUGAUCAAGGACAGAAAGGAGAACCAGGAGAAAUGGGUUUGCCUGGCAAGGAUGGUAUGCCAGGAGGAAAAGGUGCAAGAGGAGCCAAGGGAGAAAAGGGGGAUGCAAACAACGAUGUGAUAUUAGAAGGUGCAAAAGGUGAGCCUGGACCACCUGGGCCCCCUGGACCUCCUGGACCCCCAGGGCCUCCAGGUAAACGUAAAGGUAAAGCCAAAGUGGAGCUUCAGGAGAAUAUCUACAGCAGCAAAAACACAGGUGAGACAGGUGCUGUACCAAAUGAUGAUACCCUCGCUGGAAAGACUGAAGACAGAAUCCCAGGUCCUUCAAAAAAAGCUGAAUGUGUCAUAACAUCUGUAGGAAGUCCUGUUCACUUUGUCAAUGUACAGCAAACAUUUGGAACUUGGAUGAGGGAACCUGCAAACAUAAGUGAUGAAAGGAUUUGGCUCACCAUGCAUUUUUCAGGAAACUAUAUAAAAGAAUAUGAAAAUUCCAAUGCCUUGCUGAAUGACAGCUACAGGAUCAUUAACAUCACAGGAUUCUUCUAUGGAUGUGGUCACGCAGUACAAAACAAUCAUCUCUACUAUCAGAAGGGAGGAACCAAUGUCAUUCUGAAAUUUGGGCUCGAUAAAGCCUCACUGGGCACCCUGCCCAUCAAAAAUGCCUUACACCACGGCCGGAACUACCUCUUCUCUAACUCCAAGACGUAUUUCAACAUAGCAGUGGAUGAGAAGGGUCUUUGGAUUAUAUAUGCCUCAAGCACUGAUGAAAAUAUAAUGGUAGCACACGUUGACGAAGAAACAUUCAUAGUCCUUCGGCACAUCAAUACCACCUAUCCUAAGUCCAAGGCUGGUAACGCGUUCAUAGCGUGUGGCAUUCUCUAUGUUACUGACACUAAGGACAUGGUAGUAAGUUUUGCUUUUGAUUUACUGAAAGAGAAGCAGAUUGAUGCAAGGUUUGAGUUACGGUCUUCACAGUCUGUUCUUGCUAUGCUUUCGUACAGCCUGCGAGACAAGAAUUUGUACACGUGGGAGAAUGGGAGUUUAAUGGUAUACCCAGUCCAUUUUGGCAGAUGAUUAUAUUUUCACAUGCCACCUUUAACUAAAGGAUCUAUUUAAAGCUCUGUGAUAUAUACAUGGGGGUCUCUUCACUUGGUAUCGUUUUCUGCUUCCUCAUGAUGGUUUGUGAGUGUGUAUAAAAGGGAGAUCACGUGCCUUUGUAAAAACACACUUCGAUUACAUAGGCCAUCCUCAUCUUUUUAAAAAAAUGUUGUUUGCUAUUAUAGCUGGCACACAGCAUAGACAUACUUUUGUUUUCCCCCUGUUAUUCAGCUGAUAAUUGUGUCUAAUGUACAUUGAUUAUUCCAUGGUCAUGUGCUCAGCAGAGACUAUUUGUAACUUUUAUUUACAUUCCUCUUCUCUACAAUAAUUUCCUAGUCAGUGAUGAUGUUCUAAUUUAAACAUCUAAAUAAUGAACUUUCGUGUACAAAUAUCUUUGUCACUUUCAUUUAAUUUCCAUGGAUUCUCUGUGACCAUCUUUUCUGGACAAAGAUUUAAAGCUGUUAAAAAUAAUGGGAAUGGAAAUGCUUGUUUAAAUAGGAAAAAAAAAGCAAAAAGUUUAAAUUUGUCAAGUCAAAUCAAGUGUUAAUAAUCAAAAGCAAAAUCCAGCUAAAGUACAAGGAAAAUGGGAAUAAUGACAUUAAAUACUGAACAAACAUGAAUUAUUUCUUAAAUGGAGAGUUGGAUGAAAAGUAGCAAGGUUUAAAAUUAAAGACAAAACCUUUAUGAUUAAAAUUUCAUUUUUAACAGUAUUUGA